CUGUAUGUUUUAUUUACACCAUCAAGUGCAGAAUCACCACCAACAACCAACAAACACAAACAAUACAAGCAACGCUACACAGCUUUAUAGAAAAUGUAUAUACACGUAGAAAACGUUGUGCUGUUUCACUUUUUUGUCUUGUUUUGACUUGGGGCGGGGGGCGGGGAGGAUCAGUUUAGUCUCACAGCUGAACCGUUAGUGAUGAAACAUGCUGACAUCGGCUCCAGCGUCCCCUCACUCUGACACCACAAACUGCAGCUCACACCCGUGAUAUCAGGCCCCGUUUCAACAUGAACGACGCGGCAGGAGAUUCAGAUUCAUCAACCACACCACUCCCAGAGGAGGCGGGGCUUGAGAGUCCUGAUUGGUUGACGUUCUCGUUCUUCAGGAACGCAGCAGACGCACCUUGUCAGGAGGCAGGUUCAUCGAAUUCUGGAAGACAUUUUAAAGGUUAGUGAGUUUAAAGCACCUUGAAGAGUCUUUGUGACACUUAAUGUGCAGUGAUGUUGCUGGAACAGUUGGAUUUAGGGUUAGGGUCAUAAAGAACCUAAAACUAUGAAUCAAAAUUCAUUUCAUUUUGAAAUUUAGGGUAAACCCCCCAAAAAUCAUGUUUUUCAUGAAAACUCACACUUUAAUCCAUCAGAUGAGUUUUCAGAUGAAAAUAAAAUUCACUUGGUGGAGAAAGAAUAAUUUUUACUUGGAAUGAUUAUUUUGUUUCAUCUGCAGCAGUUACAGCCUCUCAGAACUUUGUCUUCUGGGUUGUCAGUUUGUGGAGGCGAUCUGAGGAAAUGUCCCUCUAUGCUUCCUGUAGCCCCUUCCACAGGUUGGACCAGCUUGAUGGGUACUUCUUAGGUAUCAUACAGUCAGUCUGUUUCACAGCAGCUCUACAGGGUUCAGAUUUCAUGAUCUGCUGGACACAAAACCUGCUGACUGCUCCUUCUCUAAAUAGUUCUUCAUAGUUCUGAACUUUGGCUCAUUUUCCUGUUGGAGGAUAAAGUUUGCUCCAGUCAAUCUCCAUCCACAGUUCAUGACAUGGUCUUGUAAAAUGAGGUGAUAAUCUUCCUGAAUCCAGGUCCCUUCAGCCGUGAGCAUAUGUCCACCUUUACCAAAACAGGCCAGACCAUCACAUUUCCUCCAUCAGGCUAACAGGUGGAGGCACUACUUGUUAUAUGUCGCACAACUCUUCUUCUCUGCAAUCCAAACUUAGACACAUCUUUCCAGAACACUUGUUUCCAGUCUUUGUAUGUUAAGUGUCUGUGUUCUGUUCUCCAUCUGAUUUUUUUCCUUUUACUGAUGCAUCAAUAAAUUAUAUCUAUUUAUCUAUCCUGGAGCUUCCUCUUCACCUGAGACAUGAGGACCUGGGAGGCACUUGUUUCUCAGACUAGAGUCUGAUUUGCUCCUCCUCUUGCUCCCAUUUAUCUUUGUACUGUGGUGCGAGUCAGUUUGACUUGUUGAUUGAAGGGAGUAGUACACGCCAUGUUCAUUUCUCAGAGCAACACAAGUUUCAAACUUGGAUUAGCUAACACAAUGAGCCACUGCAAUGUGCAAAACGCAGCAGCAUUGUAACCUGUAUUUUCCUAGUAAACACAUCAACCUCUUCAGCUCUUGCUUCUCUUUUUGGGUUUUUCUCCAACUUCACACCUGUUAACUGCCAGAGUGUCUCAGGGCUAAAAAGAGUCAACAGGCCAGAUGUCCGAACCCUAACCCUAACUCUAAGAAUCCACUGGAUGCAUGUACGUUGCGUCAUGGGUCUGGGAUGUUUUUGCUCCAUCAUCUGUCAUCAGGCAACCCCUACCGCUUGAGUCGCGAGACCGAAGAGUUCCUGUGAUAAUUACCUAAUCACGUGAGACCAAGGUUAUAGCUUUAAAGUUUCAGUACCAUGGACAGAGUCUCUGCUGGAGCCCCGCCCCCAAGACUGCGUCACAGAGACAGACAGACAGGUGGAGACAGAGACAGGUGAAGACAGAGAGGGGGACACACUGAUCCACCAGGACUACAGACAGGUUGGAGGAAGGAGGCUGCAGCAGUGAUGGAGCUGCAAGCACGUUUUUAUUUCUAACGUUUGAACGGUCGGACCGGAACGACAGACAGAUUAGAGACAGACUGACAGACAGACAGACGGACAGACAGAAAACUGCUCCUUCGCUGCUGCAGAGAGGCUCGCGCCGGUCCUUCCGCUUGUCGUCAUGGGAACGGUGCUGUCUCUGUCUCCGGGCUCGCGGAAGGCUGCGGCUCGCGGGCCGGAGAAGCUCGGGGAGCUCACGGUACAGAAGCCGUUGGAGGCUCGUGAGGAGGAAGAGGAGAAGGACGACACGAAAAGGAAGAAGAAGAAGAGGCACCCGAUGCUGCUGCACGCGCUCAGCUGGAAGAAACGUCUCGUUGCCGCACGAGCCAAGAGGAAGGGCGGGAAGAAGGUGAAGCCAGCAGUGUCCGAGGCCCGGCACGUGCAGCGGGAGCAGGCGGUCACCGACAGCCGCCACAGAGCGCUGAAGGGCGGACACAGACACGGACCCAUCCCUGUACCCGUCCCCACCGUGCCGAACCAGAACCACAAUGAGAACCGGGGAAGGCCGGACCUGAUCAUCUCACCACGGAGGGUGGUGGUGCAGGCGUCGACAGGUGAGCUUCUGCGUUGUCUUUCAGACUUCCUGAUUCGUCGUUGUGUCAAACUGAAGGAGCUGUCGUCCAAUCAGAUCAUCUUGUGGUUCAGAAAUGUCGACCGAGCGCUGCUGGUUCAGGGCUGGCAGGACCAGUGCUUCAUCAGUCCAGCCAGUCUGGUCUUUGUGUACCUGCUGUGUCGCGAUGCUGUGGAUGAGGACAUGUCUUCGGAGCACGAACUCCAUGCCACCUUCCUCACCUGUCUCUACCUGGGAUACUCAUACCUCGGCAACGAGAUCUCGUACCCCCUCAAACCCUUCCUGGUGGAGUCCAGCCGUGAUGCAUUCUGGGAACGAGCACUGGAGAUGAUUGAUCGCCUGAGCGGCGACAUGCUACGUAUCAAUGCCGACCCUCACUUCUUCACCGAGGUAUUUCAGGACCUGAAGAACGAGGGUGGAGCCAAGGAGAGGGAGGAGAGAGAGAGGGAGAAAGAGAAGGAGACAGGGGAGGAAGAGAGACAGAAACUGAAGGAGAAGAAAGAUGAGGAGAAAGAAAAUAGUGCAGGAAACCGCAUGGAGGACCUGGAUCGUUAAGUGAGGCUGAGACUGAGACCAUUAAAAAACAGAGAAAGGAGAACAUAGUAUUUGUUAAUGAGGCUCACCCAGCAGCCGCCGACGCUCUGAGGUCUGAAUGUAAACAGUGACCUUUCACCUCCUGCUGAACACAGACUGAAACAUGGACACUCGUUCACUUUACCUGCAUGCUUUCAGUCAAACCAACAGUGUUUUUGAUUGUACUGUUGUUACCAUGGCAACCUUACCUACAAUCCCAGCCUUAGUUUGUUUAAUUGCUGAAGAAAAGUAUUAUUUGUACUACGUCCCAGUACUUACCACACUACUUCUGUAGAAGUGUUUGUAGUAUCUAUACUGUGGCCCAGUAGGCACUUGGUGUGGUGAAACACAUGGGGGUCGACUUGUCAGAAUGAUGCCAGCAUGUUUCUCUGGCUGUUCGGACUCACAGUUCUUUGCACAGCAGGAGAUCUGCCACAUGACUGAGCUACUGAGAGAUGAAUGCUGAUCUGCUGCUUUCAGACUGCACAUGUAUUCUUUUUUUAUGUCAUGAUGAGAGCAGAGCUGAAGGUCUGAUGUCAUGCUGCAUGACGGUGUGACGUCAUACUGCAUGAAACAAGUGUUACUAAAAGAAAUGUUUGCAGCCUUCUUUUGGCAGUUAAGGUUAGGGUGGAUUGUGAGGAAUGUAGUGCAGCAGCUGCAAGCUUAUGACAGAUUUAAAAAUUGAUCAGAGCAGCCAUGAUGAAAACACAAUGUCAUGUUACCUGAUCAGCUGAUGUGACUGUGAUGUUUUGUUGUCUGAAGGCUCAGAAUGUAAAAUCUGUCAGCUAAACCGAAGCUGCUGACUGGUUUCUAUCAGAGUAACCUGCCGACAUAAACCAAACCUGAGAGUCA